AUGGGCCGGCUCAAGCACGGCACGCUACAUGGGCUGGCACUAUGCUGGCCCGAUAAAUAUCAGUCGUUGGAUCUCCUAACUAAACCAGAGCCGUUAGAUUCACGUCAAAUAAUGUUACAUCUUGUGUUUAAUGUUUACUGCAUCUUAAUUUACAGAUGCUCUGCAUUCACACACCUAUACUAUUAUUGUAGGCCGAUUCUUUUUGUGGAAGGACGUGUUGAAGCUUAUGAUGGUGAAAAUGAAGAAUUGGAUAUGUUAGAGACGUUGGCAUCAGUACUGCAAGAGCCACCUUCUAUGGACAGUGUUCUUCAAGACGAGCUUACUAUUGGAGCGAAAAUGGGUGAUGCCAUCCGAGCUGGUGCUUACCACCGCAACUAUAUCUGUGCUGAUUAUCCUGAUGAUUCCAGUACCGGCAUCGAGUCCGUGGACAAGCUGUUGGCUGAAAUACAUGCGAUGGUUCAGAGUGAGGCGCUGCCGAGAAAAUGUCGCUUCAAUGACAAGAAUAAAACACGCCGGUCUGUUAAUGACUACUUGAAGAUCUACUUUCCUACAUUCCGAGAUGUGGAGAUAGAAGAUGAAGUCGUACCCAUAGGGCUGUUCGGCGAGAGGCGGGGUAACGAGGUGCGCUGCAUAGCCUGCCAUGAUUUCAAGAAGAAGAAAUACAGCGAGAAAAAGCUCUACUAUCAUCAGCUACAUGACCCUGAAGGUAGACAGGCGCGGUGUCCUGCUUCCACUGAGUACAUACAAACAAAGAUUCGUGAUGUUCUCCCAAGAAAAGAGGCAGCAACAACAGAGCAUCCUCCUCUUCAGGAUGGCGCACAGGGACCAUGA